AUGAAGAAAUACUGUAUUUUCUUUCUCAUUGCCACCUUUCUAGUCCUUCAAACCGACGCGUCUCUUGCCAGACUUUUGGUGAAAGUGAGUUCGAUGUUCAGAUCCUAUAAAAUAAAAUAAAACUUUAGGAGGGCGAAGCCGUGCCAGUCUCGUUUUCCGGAGCAAAAGAGCUCAAAAGAAAAGUGCCGGCGGGGGUGCAAAUCUUCCAUUUCGAAGGAGAGCACAAGGGAAAGUUCACGGACGGAGACGGAGAAGAAAUUGAAUCGACAAACUACGAGAUCAGAGAUGGGGAUCUGAUCAUCAAGAAGUUCGGAGAAGCCGACGUGGGAUCGUACGAGAAGCAUCCGAAUGUAUGGGAAAGUGAUUAGAAUGAAGGAGUGAUAGGGGUUGGUUCAGGAGAUGAUCAAGAAGGAGACUCCGACCGGGUUCGUGGCUGUCAGUGGUCCAGUUCUGAUCAUUGGGAUCGAAAAGGAUUGA